GUAGGAUUGGCUUGUGAACAAGUGGACGCCUGCCGGGCUCAGAUUGACGUCAAGAAUGGUUUGAACAAUUUAUAACUCCACUGACAAGAUAUCCUGCACCUCUCUUCCCACAGCCACUUCAACAUUUGUCAUCUUUGCCAACUGGCAGAGUUUGAGAUUCCCUGAAAUUAUGGAUUUCUCUACCUGUGUUUUUAGAAAACUUUAGCAUGUGGUUUUCUGGAGAUACCACCACAAGAACUGAAUGCAUUAUAGAGCUCACUUUAGAAGUAGGAAGGCCAGUGGUGUCCGAAUCUGCAUAGAACUAUGCUUCGAAGCAUUAUGGGAAAAACCUUUCGACUUCUUGGCUAUACUCUUCAAUAUGGCUGUAUAGCUCAUUGUGCCUUUGAAUAUGUUGGUGGUGUUGUCAUGUGUUCUGGACCAUCAAUGGAACCUACAAUCCAGAAUUGUGACAUUGUCUUCGCAGAAAAUCUUAGCCGACAUUUUUAUGCAAUCCAAAGAGGUGAUAUUAUAAUUGCCAAAAGUCCAAGUGACCCUAAAUCAAAUAUUUGUAAAAGAGUAAUUGGUUUGGAAGGAGAUAAAGUUUUCACACACGGCCCAUCAGGUUACCUCAAAAGCCACAGCUAUGUGCCAAGAGGUCAUGUUUGGCUGGAGGGUGAUAAUCUCAAGAAUUCUACAGAUUCUAGGUACUAUGGACCUAUUCCAUAUGGACUAAUCAGAGGACGUAUUUGCUUAAAGAUUUGGCCUCUUAAUGAUUUUGGAUUUCUACGUGACAGCCCCAAUGGCCACAGAUUUCCUGAUGAAUAAUCAGCAUUUAGCCAACCAACCACUUCAUUAUUGUAUCGUGUUCCCCAAUUUUACUAAGUCACUGAAACCAUGUAUUUAUAAAUAAAGUAUUUGAUAUUGAAUUUUAAUUUCAAAUAGUUUAACAGAAGGGAGUUUAAUCUAUAACUGAAGUUUUACACACUCAGCUGUCUCCUUUCUGCCUCUCCCUGACCCUGCUUCCCCCCCUCCACUCUAGCCACCCCCCAAAAGUAAAAAUUUGUAGAUUUAAAAGAAGAAAAGAUUAAAACCACCCUGGUAUUUUGUGUGACCUAAAUAGCUGGAUAUUUGGAUCACUUUUACAUUUCAUUUGGACUUUAUGUGUUCUAUAGACCCAGCCAAAGAAAUUCUAUUCUUCCUUCUCAAUUAUGCUUUGGUUUGGCUACACUAACCAUGAGGGUGGUGACCACUUAUUUUUAAUUACAGGUCAAAUCUGGCUACAACAGAAACUUCCCAUAAUAAAGAUUGCCAAGUCCCAGGUUUGGCCCACUUACUCAACAAAAAGAACAAAAGAAUUUCAGCAAUCCUUUGGGAUUCUCCAAAAUGAGAGCUGACCUGUGUCACACACAGAACACUAAAUAUAUAGAAAUAUAAAACUGUUUAAUGGUUACAAUGACAUCUAUGAAAUUACAAUUAUAAAGUAAGAAAUAGGGCAGAAAAAUAUUGGUUUCCCAACACCAAUAACAUUGUAUUCCAAAUUCAGAAAGAGGAAUGUAUGUUUUUAUAAUUAAAAACAACAACAAUCCUAUUAAAAAUGAUUUAUUGAAACCAUAAAUACCCAUUACCUAAAUUGCUUGGUUGGGCUAGUUGUCUGCACUACACUGUUCUGAAGCAGUGUUUGGUUCUUGAUCCCUUAUGACGGUUCCCCCACCCUGAUGAAGGGAAAAAAUUCAACCAACAAACCCAUUGCUUUACUUUAGGAUCUCAUUCUGUUCUUAAAACUGACAAAGACAAACUGUUUAUGCUGUAGCUUAUGUUCAUUUCUUUUUUUCCAGCAUGAAAGGGAUGGGGGGAUGGAUAUUAUUAAUAAAUAAAAUACCUCAUAUUUUUAA